AUGCCGGCAGCAGGGGACGAGUAUGUGGCGGACGGUUCUGACGAUGACAUCCCUAGAGCGCCUGGCCGCUCGCAGGCUCGAAGAGCAGCGGCUCGCGAGUCUGCUCAAAACUUUGAGGUGACACGGACAUGGGACUUGUUGACAGAAAGUGCCGACGGAACCAUCACAGGUGCAGUUGAAGGCUUAUUAGAGGCUGGGAAGAGAAAGAGACUUUUGAAAGAUACAACUCCACUUCAGCGCGGCAUCAUACGGCAUCUGGUUUUGAUCUUGGACAUGUCCUUGUCCAUGACCGAGAAAGACCUUCGACCGACCCGCUACCUCCUCACCCUCAUGUACACCGAGUCCUUCAUCCGAGAGUUCUUCGAGCAGAACCCUAUAUCACAACUAGGCAUCGUUGGAAUGAGAGAUGGAAUUGCUGUCCGAGUGAGCGAUAUGUCUGGCAACCCGAACGCCCACAUUGCAGCCAUCCAAAAAAUCCGAAAAGAGGAACCGAAAGGACAACCGUCUCUUGAGAACGCCCUCGAGAUGGCCAGAGCAGCCUUAUUCCACGCCCCAAGCCACGGUACACGGGAGGUUCUGCUGGUGUUUGGUGCACUACACACGUCCGACCCUGGGGACAUUCACCGUACAAUUGAGAACCUAGUGGCCGAUAAAAUCCGAGCCACGGUAAUCGGGCUGGCCGCGCAGGUCGCCGUCUGCGCCGAGCUGGUCUCCAAGACGAACGAGGGCGACUUGUCAAACUAUGGCGUCGUGCUCCACGAGCAACACUAUCGAGAAUUGUACAUGGCGGUGACUACGCCUCCGGUGACGAACGAGUCGACCAAGUCGGCAAGUUCUUUGCUGAUGAUGGGGUUUCCGUCACGGACAGUGGAAGACCACCCGUCUCUUUGCGCCUGCCAUACCAAUCCAUCUCGCGAUGGCUAUCUUUGCUCACGGUGCAGCACGAAAGUGUGUAGCCUACCGAGCGAGUGCCCUGUAUGUGGACUGACGCUCAUCCUGUCGACACAUCUUGCCCGAAGUUAUCACCAUUUAUUCCCUCUGGUUAACUGGCUUGAAGUGCCAUGGUCCCAAGCAUAUCGCAGCAAGGCUUGUUUUGCCUGUCUGAAGCCCUUUGCUGUGGUACCUCCUCGGGAACAGUGGGAGACUUCCAAGUCCACGUCCACGACGAGCAGCAGGUACGAAUGCCCGGUAUGUCACCACCAUUUUUGCAUUGACUGUGACCUCUUUGCACAUGAGGUGGUGCAUAACUGCCCUGGAUGUCAGAGCAUGCCAAUGCGGACAAGCCUGAUGGGCGAAACUGAGACCCCGGCUGAAGUUGACCGCAAUGGCAAGAUGGCAGUGUCGUCAAAUGGAGGACCAGCUGAAAACGGAGACGCGAUGAAAGUGGACGGCUGA